AUGUGGAGUCAAGACCCAGUGAAUGAGAUAAAUGGCAGUUUGACAACAGUAACUAUAACUCUAACUUUUAUUAUUCCAUUUAAAAAAUUUGAUUUGUUACUUUGUUUUGUUUCACAAAGUGAAGACACUUCAAUUGUUGUUCCUUUAAAAGGAUUGACAUCUUUUGAUCUUCAAGCUAAACCAGAUGAUAUUGAAGAAUGUAAUGACGGUAAUGAACAUUUUAUUCUUGAAAAAAAAUUUACUGUUAGUAGAUUAAAAUUAUUAAAAACACUUGACCAAGAUGUGGUAGAAUGUCAAAUCAUAGGAAAUGGACCAAAUGAAAAGAAACUUUUUGAAAAACAAGUAAAAAUACAUCAGUCAUUACGUUGUGCACAAAUAUCUUCUUUUAUGUAUGCUAUUCCAGAAAGUAAUUCAUUAAUAUUUGAGCGUCCUCGAUAUUGGACAUUAACUAAUUAUCUUACAACAAAUGAAGAAAUAAAUAGAACAUUAAUGUAUAAAUUUUGUCUUGAUGUAUCUAAAGCAAUGGACUAUUUACAAGAAUCACAAAUAGUUCAUCGUGACCUUUCUACUGACAAUGUUUUUGUAUUUUCUGUUAUUCCAACUGAUUAUGUUAAUUGUAAAUUAGGAAACAUUUGUUGUUGCGAGAGAGUAAGUGAAUAUGGUAUUGACGCUACAGUAACCAAACCAAUUUACUCAAACCAAGGAGAAAAUUUUAGAAUGCCUCCAGAAAUUACAUCUAAAGAUGCUUCUUACACUUCUCAAUGUGACGUUUAUUCUUUUGGAAUUCUUGUUUUUCAUGUUUUAACACAAUUAGUUAACACUAAUCCAAUUGGAGAAAGUGGUUGUGUUCUUCCUCAAUUUAUUCGUCAAAUCCCUUCUGCAUUAGUAAACAUUAUUAAUAAUUGUUGUUCAAUAAAUGUUAAUGAACGCCCUUCUUUUUCUGAAAUCGUUGAACGUUUAAAUAUCAUUUUACAAAAUGCAACAACUGAAAAAAUAAAUCAACGAAAAAAACAAAAAACGGUUAAAUUCCCUUUUGUGUGA